AUUCCCACAGGAGAGACACUGGACCAGUUUGUGUGCUCUGCUCUGUCCAGUGUGCCAGAAGAGGAAGCAAACAAAAAGAAUAAUGAAGAGGGCUGUAUUUCUGCAUGGCAUGAAGCCAAACUGUAUCUUGUUCAUGCUGUCAGCAAGCUCAGACUCUAUGCACAGGUGUUUGAGCAAUGGUUCAGCACCAGCCUCUCUCAGAAACUCCUUCUGGAACUUGAAAGAAUUAUAGCUGAUUUAAUGUCUCAGUUUCUAGAUGACAGGGAAGCCAGGAAACUUUUUGCAGAGAUAAAUACCCUGAUCCAGCAAUGGCAUGAGAAAUCAGAUACCUACUUUUCAGAAGGAUAUACUGCAUCUCAUGAUCUAAUCCUGCAUCUGGAGAGAAUGCAGUCCGUACUUCAGGGUGUACCUCAGUGGCCUGUUAUGAAGAGAUUGCUUCUGGUAGAUGGAGCUAUAAGGAAUGUAAUAGCACAGUAUUUAUACUUCACUGAAGAAGCUUUACGUAGCCUGGAAAAACUGAUUCCCUUUGCCCAAAGAGAUGGAUUCAUUCAUCUAGACAUCAGAAAGCUCUUUGUGGAGCUAAGCCAGAUGUUGAUGAGCAAUGCUUCCUAUGUAUGCAAUGAUGUGCUUGCAAUGUUUGAGAAGAACCUGAGACUUCCACAGGGCUCAGAUGACAUUGACUUUUUAGCAAUAUACGUGUGCCUUGGCAAUGGCUCAGAGGUGACCUUCAAGCUAAGUAACCAGGUGAAGUCACUAAAGGAAUCUGUCCUGCUUCUGCAGAAAGUAACUCAGGGGCGACAGAGCCUGCCAGAUCCAAUAAUGGAUGAUUAUUUGGGAUGGCAAGAAAUGGAAGAGCAGCUAACUGAAAAUUAUGCCUAUUACUGUGAAAUUAAUCAAAUGCUCAGCACAGAGGCACCAUCUGAGGAGGAUGUCCGUUUCAGCUCUUGUCAGGAACAGCUGCUCUUCUCACUAAUUAAUGAUACACUUGAAGAAAUUAUGUUUGCUUUUGAGGGAAACCCAUACUGGAAGGAUUUGACAACUUUUGUCAGCUGGACAUGUGAGGUAGCUCAAUACAUGAAUGAGGAAGCAGGCUCCGCAGGAGGUCAGUCAGAUGGACUAGAAGCAUCUCUAUGUUCUAGACAAAAGCUCAGUUUGCAGACCAUCCUAGGUCAUUAUUUAACAUUUGUGCAAGACUUACCGGAUUAUUCCUCAUUUAUUUCCUGGGCACGGAUUUUGACAUCUUUCAAAGAGUUUUUGAAGAGAGAAGAAAAAUUAUGGAUUUCUGGUGAAAAGGAAAUGGAUCAUCUUCUUCAUCUUGUAGAAUUCCUAGAAGAAAUUACAAUGCUUGCUGUCUCAGCUUCUUCAAACCAGUCUCUAAUAAAAAAUGUCUUGAAUAAUACAAUUAUGUGGAUGAAAAAUUUUGCUGAGGGGAAGGAUUCUGCCACCAAUUUCUCACUUGCAGUUUCUGGACACCAUAAUGAGCUACAAAAAAAUUUCCAGCCUCUUCAGAGAUUCUGGAUGAAAAAGAAGACAGAAGUUUUCCGGCAUAUAGUGAAAACUGUAUUCUAUGAACUUGAUUCUAGGCUCUCUCAUUUGAGUCAAGUGGAAGAGGAGGAGGUAUUGGAGACCUUAUCUAGAAUUACAUCUUCCAUCACAGAAAAUAAAAUCCAUUAUAUAAGUAUGCUAUUGCUGCAAAAUAUCCAGACUGAUUGGCCAGAGUUAAAUAUUGCUGCUUUGAACCAUCUAAAACCCUUAAGUGAAAACUUCCUAAGGAAUUUCUAUGAGGUCAGAUCAUUGACUGAUGAUCAUGUCAAUGUGUCUUUCAGCACAAUUCAUGGAGUGAGUAAUGCCUCUUCUUUGUUACUCUCAAAUGCAACUUUUUCAUACAAAGUACAAGAAUUAGGAGAAAUUGUGCACAAUUUCUUCAAAAACAUCCAAAACUUAAACAGUACUAUUGUAGCCUCACUUGUUCCAAUAAUUUUCUCUCUGUAUCAGAAUGAUGAUCUGAUCUUAAAUAUUGAGAGCAAUAGCACUCUGUUAACAUUUCUUUAUGAGACUUCGAAAGAUAUUUCAUCUUUUCAAAUAUGGCAUGAUUUCCAAGAUGGGGAUCAAGUUUUUGAUUUUCUGUCUGAAACUGUUGAUCUUCUCUGGAACUUCACCAGUAAGUCUCUCUGUGAAAAGUUACUAAUCGUUUACAACUACACAGAGUUUCAGGCCCAGUCUCUUGCACAGAAAGGAAAAAAAGAGAUGCAAGUUGUCUAUAGCACUCUGAGCAGCCUCAAAACUUUGUUUAUAGAUGAACAGCUCCAAACAACUGCGUUUUGUUAUUUGGAACAGUUUCUUGAUAUCUCCCCAGAAUGCCUGGUAAAUAAUGGGUGCGUUGAUUUUUAUCUAACAAACAUUACUUCUGUAGAUCAUUCAGCAGAGGUUUACAACUUACUUUUGCUUCCAUUGGACAGUGUUCUGUCUAAUAUAACAAACUUGGAAGAUAAGGUAAGUGUGCCUUCUGCUUUGCACUGCACUUUUACAUGGCUUCAAGCCUGGACAGAGAUUUUUGAAGCAGCACCCAAAAUCUUAAAUUUGAAUUCAACCUUUUUCGUCUGUCUAAGAAAUGACUUGGCAAAUCUCUCUGAAGGCCUUUUAAAUCUCACUCAUGAUGAACUGUGCAAGAAUACAGCUAUGGUUGUUGUUGAAACUACAACAACAGCAAUGAAUCUAUUAAAAAUCAUAUUUGAAGGAGGUGGUGAUUUAAAUGACUGGAAACAUUUUGAAGCUUUCCUUGCUAAUCUUCAAAGAGUAUUUAACAAUGCAGUUGAUGUCACAAGCCCACUUAAAGGUAACAGUAUAGGAAGUGUUUUAGAAAUGAUGGCAGUCACGAUAACGGAACUGCAGAAAUCUAUACUGAAGGUUGUUAACGGAGAGUUUUUGAAUUCUUGGCUUGAUACUUUCAUCUCAGGAGGAUCUGAGGGAGAAGAUAAGGGUGCUGAUGUAUUUUCUAUUAGAAAUUCCCUUUCUGCUGUUCUCAAGCUCUCCCAAAAGGAACUUGGAAUUAUUCUUACUGAGAUAAAAGAUACAACUGCUUUCUUUAAAAGUGUAUCUCAAGACAAUGAUAUGGUUUGUAUCAGCAUUUUCCAGAACAUUACCAAACUAAUUCUGGACGAUACUCUGAAAGACAUAAGCCGUUCACAAAUAAAUUUUUCAUCUCAUCUUAAUUACUUUUUAAACCUUUAUAGUACAGUGGAUGAAGCAGAGGAUUUAGAACUUUUGACAGAAAUUCAAACUCUUCUGAAAAAUAAAACUUUUGAAAUCCAAGAAAACAGCUCCUCUCAUUUGGAUAUUGAGAUUGAACCUUUCCUGCAUGAGAAAAAUACAAGUUUGUUGAUGGAAUUCUUUCAAUAUGUGAUUAGGAAAAUUGACUCAGACCUGCAGGGUGAACACAAAACAUUUCUCCAGAAACUGAAUAUUGAACUGGUAAGGAAGGCACUUAAAAUUUUCAAGUCUUCUAGUUUUACCAGCUUUCCAUUAAGAGAUGAGAAAGAGUUUCAAAAACAUAUGGUAGCCUUGGUGCAAAAUAUGAGGAACAUGGAUGUUGAGUUCUUGAUAGGUCAAUUCAAACAAGUCCAGAGGGGCCUAGGCAAUUUCUUUAAAAAUAUCAAACCUUUGUAUAUUGAAAAGUCUGAGUUAGGAAUGUUAACAGAAUGGUGGGAUGCAUUUGCAAACAAUUCGUGUAAUUGGAACCUGACUGGCUUAUGGCGAAUAACGCGACUCUUUGAACAAGAUGAGCUCUACAAUAUAGAAGAGGUGUUUCAUCUCCUCCUCAAUGUCAUCAGCCUUACAGAAAGAUUAGCUCAUGGAAACAUCACGGAAGCACUAACUGAAGUAUAUGCUUUCAUACUGACUCAGGAAGCAAAAAUGCCAAUGUUUACUGAAGAGGAAUUCUCUAAUCAAGUAGAAAGUCUUCUAAUGUUACUGGAGACGCUGAUGGAUAUGUCUGAUGAACCUGCAGAGGCCUCAGUUUGUUUUCGUGCAGCAUUCUGCUGGACUUACAACAGCAACACCUCAGAUUACAAUGCGGUCACCGAAGUCAUUAAGGAGCUGAAACUCAUCACCCUGGAGGACAGUUCCUCCUGCAGUAGGGAAGACUUUCAGAUGGAUAUCACUCGCAAUCUGACUUGCUUUUUUCAUCAGAUCAAAGAAUGGAACUCUAUUCUUUUGAAGUUUUCUGAGCUCCACCAUGUAAAUGGCUCAGUUCUCAAAGAGCUGCUAGAUUUUUGGAAUGAGCUAUCCCUCUAUGCUGUGCCACUGCAGAUGAAUAAUACAUACUCAAUCAAUUGUUCCUCCACAUUGAAGAGACAAGUGGCUUUACAAAUCAUAGAAACACUGGGCAGUAUGCCAGUGGCAGAAAUGGAGAUGUCCAAAGGUGUUCUUGAACAGCUGGAUGAUCUUUAUGGUGGUCUAAGUUGGAACAGACAUUCAAGAACACCACUUAUAAAGACUGUUCUUACUAAUGUUAAGAAUAUGACCAGUGAAGUUUCUGGACUCCUGGAUACAGAAGCUGUCCUUUCUUUUCUUUCUGUAAUUCAACCUUUAAUGAUGUUGUCUGCUGUUGGAAAUGAGACAUUUUCAAUGCUUAUGAUAUUAUCAGCUUUAAAUAGAAACAGUAAUAUAUCUGAUAACUUUGAUAACUUCUGGUUUCCUAUAGUUACAAGCAUAGAAGAUUUAUUAGUGAAUUUUAAUGUUAGACACUUACUUGCGGUGAUAGACCAAGAGUUUCAAUUACUAAGGUUAGCCACUGGACAGUCCUCUUCAAUGGCUCUUGGUGCUUUAAUAGAGCAGUUUAAUAAUACAUCAUCUGUAGAUGCUAUGUUAAGAAAAUUUGAAGAUAUAAAAGAGAUUGUGAACAGCUUUCUAUGCAAGUGUAAUAAAAAUUAUUCUAAAAUAAUGCAUGCUCUAAUUCUCCCUCUGGCUAAUGAAAAUUCCUCGAAUGACCUCCUGCUGGUUGUCAAAGACAUUAUUGACUUUCUGGAACUAGUCCAAAAUAAGUCUAAUGAAGAUUACACUGGUACGUUGUUUGUUGAUGGUCAUCUUAGCAGAGAAAAAUUGAAUAAUACUCAUACUGCUAAUUCAGUUUUGCUAAACAGUCUCUUUCAUACAAUUGCUGAUCUUGCUGUUGUAGAAGCAGCCCUGCAUACAAGUGAUAUUGACCUUCAGAUAGUUGACUUAAUUGAUUCAUUUUUUGGUAACACACAAUAUAGAGAAGUUUCUACUCAGUCCCAAAACAGAACUCUGAAGAUCAUGCAAAAGAUCUUGCAAAUGAUAUUUCAGUCUACCAUAGAACAUGACAGCAACAAAAUCACCUUCUUACUAAAGGAUUUGCAUAAGGAUAUAAUGGCAGAAAAGAGCUCGUGUUUGAAAGUUACUACUCGCUGGAGGAUUAAAGAACCAGUUGUCAUUGGCAACCUUUUCUGUGUUGUUACAAAGUGUAAAGAUGGAUUAACAAGUCACUUGAUCCUCUCUGUCAUUGAAGGAAUCACUCUGGUUCGAGAUCAUUAUCAGGAUAUUGAAAGAAUGUGGCCUGCUUUCAAGAACGGGGAUUAUGAGAGUAUGGAAUAUAUAAACCAAAAACUUUCCAGUACUUUAGAGGGCUUCCUGAGAGCCUUGCAGAAUACCAAUAAUGGCAGCUGUGAAUGUCAACUGAUGUUGGGGAACAUACAGAGACGACUGCAAAUGGUGGCUGAAAAUUUGGAGCUACAGUUGUCAGAAAAUCCAGUGGCAGCUUUUCUCAGCAAUUUUAAUAUUUUGAAUGAUGUGAAAGUCAAAGAGUGUGUGCAGAAUCUUACUCAAUUGAGGCUGGACAUUGGUUCUUCUGUUAAUAUUUCUGAAGAAACUAUCAGUACCAUUUUGGAAGCCAGUAUCUCUCAUUCAAAGGUUUUUUACAGUGCCUUUGUGGUAGCUUUAACUGGAAGAUGUGAUGAAGAAGUACUUAGCCUGCUGCUAAAGCUACCGGAAAACAGUAAAACUUCCCUGGUAGUGAAUGAAUUAUGUUCUUUACCAGCACUGGACUUGUAUACCACGUUUGUACUGAUUAUACAGAAUUUGAACUUACGUCAUAUCAUUUACAAGAUUAAGAUACCACCUGAGAUAGGCAAUGUACUAAACAUGCUACUGGAUGUCAUUUCUAGUAUCAGCUCUCUUCUCAAUAAAGCCCACCAUGCCAUGGAAAACCUUCCAGUGCUCCUCCAAGGAAUUAAAAAUAAUGGUAUGCUUGACAUCCCUGCAUUGCAGCAGUUCUUGCAAGGUGGGCAGUUCAGGAGUUCAGCUGUUGGAUCCCUGGAGUCUGUAAUCAAGGCAGUGUGUAAAGAAGAAUCUUCAUUUUUCAGCAAAGCAAACCUGUUCAUUGACAUGCCCAGAAUCAGGGGACUCUUGGAGGACAAUAUGGCAAAAUAUGGCAUUCCUGAAGACUCAACUCCAUUUUGCUUGAAGCUUUAUCAGGAGAUUUUGCACUCUUCUAAUGGGGCUUUGCUAUGGACUUUCCUGAAACCUUUAUUACAUGGGAAGAUACUGUACAAUUCAAACAUCAACAUGAUUGAUGUGGUGAUGGAGAAGGCUAAUUUCACUUUUGGUUUUGUGGAGAACUUGAAGACUUAUUCUGAGACAUGGCUUAAGAUGUCUGGGGUUUUUAAAACCAGUGGAAAUGUCCUCAUGGUCUCACGACUGAAGGAAGCACUGCAAAGUAAUUUCAUAAAGCACUUUAUAGAAAGUAAUUUGGAUAUUGACACGGAAGAACUCUUUAAAAAAAUGCAAGUAUAUGAAACUAUGAUGAACAAGAUGCUUAACAGCUCAGCAAGUAAACAGAUUGACAUGUUGUCACAGCUUGUAGUAAAUAUCUCUUCCUGUGUGUUACUGGACCGUUUCCAGCCUUUUGACUCUGUUGAGAAAUUGGAGGAGAAGGCUCAUGAACUCAUACAGCAAAAUAAUUUUUUGGCUAGUAUCAUCUUCGAUACGCCAAAGAACAAGACACUAGAUUCUAGCAAUCUCCUUCCAUGACACAUUUCAUAUACAAUUAGAACCAGUGUUCUCUACAGCACGAGAACGGAUUUGAUUAAAAACCCAGCAUGGAAAUCCCAUCCCCAGAAGUUGCCAGCUGAUGGGUUUAAAUACAACCACAUCUUUAUUCCUCUUCAAGACAUGAUUGAAAGGGCCAUUAUUUCAGCACAGACUGGGACAGAUACCUCAGAGCCAACCAUUCAGGUGCAAGCCAUGCCUUACCCUUGUCAUACCAGUGAUCUAUUCUUGAACAAUAUAGGGUUUUUUUUCCCACUUAUGAUGAUGUUAACAUGGAUGGUUUCAGUUGCUGCCAUGGUUCGCAAGCUGGUUUAUGAGAGAGAAAUUCAUCUUGAAGAGUAUAUGAAGACAAUGGGUGUACAUCCAGCCAUUCAUUUCUUUGCUUGGUUUCUGGAGAAUGUCAUUGUGCUCACAAUAAACAGCUGUGCUCUGGCCAUCAUUUUAAAAGCAAGUGGUAUCUGCAAUGGCUUCCUCAUCUUCCUUUUUCUCCUGGAUUUUGGCGUUACAGUUAUUAUGUUAAGCUAUUUUUUAGGAGCUUUUUUUAGCAGUGCCGAUACAGCAGCUGUGUGUGCCAGCCUUGUGUAUAUGAUCAGUUUUUUACCCUACAUAGUUUUGUUGGUCUUGCAGAAUCAGUUGAGUUUCACCAACCAGAUUAUAAUGUGUCUUCUGUCUACAACUGCCUUUGGGCAAGGAGUAUUUUUCAUUACAUUCUUUGAGGGCCAAGAAAUAGGAAUUCAGUGGAACAAUAUGCACCAGUCAAUGGCACAGGGAGGAUGCAUGACCUUUGGAUGGAUGUGCUGGAUGAUGUUCUUUGACUCCGUUUUAUAUUCUAUAGGUGGCUGGUAUUUCAGCAACAUUAUUCCUGGAAAAUUUGGGUUAAAGAACCGGUGGUACUUUCCCUUUACUGUUUCGUACUGGAAGAACCUGUGUGGUGCAAAGUGGAGGAAGAGACAUUGUUUCAGUUCUAAUAUGUUUUUCUUCAAUGAAAACUUCCAAGAAAAAGGUUUGUAG